GGCGUGCAGUGAAACCCCCCAUCCAUGGUAAAAGCAACCCCCCUGUUCCUUGCAGCCGCCGCUCUCACCGCUUCCCGCGCCUUCGCGCAGGUGGCGGUCCGGCGGGGCGACGAGGCGCCCUUCGUGCACGUCCCGCUCGCGACGGAGACGGACUACGCGUCGGGCCGGGUGCACAGGCAGCUCAUGGACGGCAUGGCGCAGUACGUGUCGACGAUCCGCCAGGACGGCGUGCGCGGCGCGGGGAUCUUCGACCCGCUCCUCGGCAUCGACGCGAUCAAGGAGUACACGCCGUGCGUCGGCGGGUACGCCGGGACGCAGGAGAACAACACGUACGCGUGCCGCAACCUCGAUCUGUACUCGUUCACGCCCCACGGCGACCUGGGCAGCGACGCGAAGGUCGGGAACGAUAUCUGGGGCUGGGCGCACACGGAUGUACACGGCGCGACGCGUGAGUUUGGGCUGGUGGGGCAGAUGGAUGGCACAGCGUUCGUCGAGGUGCUGCCGAGUGGCCAGAUCGCGUACCUGGGUCGCCUGGCGACGCAGACCGUGAACGAUAUUUGGCGGGAUAUCAAAGUCAUUGGACACUAUGCUUAUAUCGGAAGCGAGGCCCUCGGACACGGCAUCCAAGUAUUCGACUUGCACAAGCUCUUGGACAAGUCUUUGCUCGCUUCUCCCAAGGUCUUCAGCAUCAAAACAGACCUCACUGCGCACUAUGAUGGGCUCCCGCUGGGCUCAUCGCACAACGUCGUUUCUCACGAAGACAAGAAUCUCAUCGUCGCCGUUGGCGCCAUGCCCCGCACGGACGCCUGCGGUGCAGGACUGAUCUUCAUCGACGUAUCGGAUCCCUCCAAGCCGACGACGGUAGGCUGCGCCGGGGACGAUGGCUACGUGCAUGACGCGCAGUGCUUGACUUACAUCGGCCCUGAUGCCCGGUACAAUGGGUCGGAUGUAUGCUAUUCAUUCAACGAAAACACGUUCACCAUCUACGAGCACCAGGGCUGGGUCGUCGAUGAAAAGGACCAGACCCACCUGCUGCUCAACGACGAGCUCGACGAGGUCUACCAGCGCGGCUGGGCCAUCGACCAGCGCACGACAACCUACAUUUGGGAGAUUAUCGACCUCGAGCGCCCUGUUCUGACCGGGCACUACAAGUCUCCUGCAGUCGCUAUCGACCACAACCUGUACGUC